GGGAUGAAGAAAAAGGAGGUGAUUGGUGGGGAGUUUGGGGAGAGUGUUUAUGAAAGAAAGACUGUCUCAGAACGGGAAUCAGAGCACAGGACAGAGGAUAUUAGAAAAUAUUUUGGAUUCAAGGAUAAUUCUCCCUCGACGACUGAUAAACUAAACAGGAAACAUGUAUGUGUGUGGACAUGUUCUCAUCCUUCUCAUCAUCAACUUGCUAAAUCACUUCCUUGUGACAUCAUCUCGGAAUGGCACUCGACCCCGUUUCCGUUCCUCUGGAGGCACAACGGAAGACUACGAUGACUUAGAGGACAUCUCUACUGAACCUCCGAGAAUUUCCCCAACUGAAUAUGAAGACCGUGAAGAAAAUCGAUGCCAGUAUGACAGCUGUGUGGAGCAGCAAGAAACUUGCAUCAAUCUUCAAACAGCCACAGGAUGCUUUUGCCCCGGACUGAGCUCAUUUCAAACCCCCCCAAGUCCACCGAAAGAAUUGAAGCUAUCUGAAGAGGAUGGCAAAGGGGUUGUGGUACACUGGUGCGCACCAGACACCAUAGUCACGCACUAUAUUAUCAAGGUGGAAGGCAAAGAUAAAGUGAUGGAGAAAAAUUUCACGGUGGAUGAGAAAAAAAGAAUGGCUGUAUUGGGGGAUGUGGCGGUUGGCAUGCAUGUUUGCGUAGAGGCUGUGAAUUUUGCUUUGGCCAGAGGAAAUAACAGCCAAUCAUGUAUGCAGUUUGAACCCCAGACUUCAGACUCUGGAUUAGCACUGAAGCUGGGGAUUAUAGGAGGUGUGGUGGGUCUUCUGGUUGUGUUGAGUUUGGCUUUACUACUGUGCAGACACAAAAAAUUGCAGAAAUCUACAGAGAGGAGAUCAAAUGAUGUUUUUUAAAAUAGGAGAUAGAACAAAAUAUGUGUGUGGCCAAAUAUAUGCACUUUAUUUAAAUGGAUGAUGGUUUAAUGGAUGUACAGAAUAAAUAAAUUGGUGUGGAUAGUAGGUGAAUUGAAUAGAGGGAGGGAGUGUGAACAGGGACCAAAAAGAGAGGGGUGCAAAAAAGGUGGAUGAGUGACUCAGCACAUUCUUUUCGUGAUUUCGGAGAGACAGAAACUGCGGCACAGUCCACUUCACAAAUUACAAACCUUUGAAUAACUUUGUUUACAUACUGUACAUACAAAUGUGUUCUAGAAGUGAGCUGAAUCUGACAAAAUGUACUUUUGGGUACAUGUGGGAUGCCUUAUUUGUCUGUAAAAAUGAAAUAUAAAUAAAGUGAAUAAUGCUUUUUUUAAA